UAUACGCUGCCCAGCGUUGGCGGUCGGUUGUAAUUGCAGGUUGAAAGUGAAACUGUUUGAUCCGAUUGAUGAUCGCCAUAGUUAAUCGAUUGAAAGUUAGCGAUAAUCACAGGAGUUACUCAUUCACAAUCACAGAGACGAGCGCCGAGGGACGGAUGAUACUUUACCGUGGGAUUGCGCCAGAGCAACGGAACGACUUCUUCGGACAAGCUACCAUCACGACGAUGGUGUACCGUACCGCGCCCCGUCACAUUAACUCGACCUACGUAGCCCAAAGCAUACCAAUGUUUCGCAAUGCAAGCACCAGAAUAAGGACGUACUGGAUUGGCAGUGGUCGCCACAAGGUGGAUCUUCACUUUCAACUAAUCACCACCAACCGCUUCAACCAGCGCUUGCAGGGCUGGUACUCGUACUCGCUACCACUGUUUCACGAGCAUCUCACCAUGUACAUUCACUACACCCAUCUAAGCUAUCAUGAGCAGUCGUCGCAAAUUUUAACUUUCGUCCUGCUCCCGUUCGCACUGCUGGGACUGUUGUUAUGUCUCUCCCUGCUGUUGGCAUUACGCACGGGCAACGCUUACCGCAGCGACCGCAACCAAACCCGUCCGGUUUCGUUUAUCGACACGCUUAUCUGGAUGGUGGGUGUUUUAGCGCAGCAGGGCAGUAUCAUCCGUCCAAAUUCAUCGUCCAGCAUGGUCAUCAUCCUGGUAGCGCUUUACAUGUCCGCAAUCAUCUACUGCUCCUACCUGACGAAGAUUGCCUCGCUGCUCUCGGUGGACGCGAGCGUGGAUCUUGAUCUGCAAACGAUGCUUUCGGCAGGACAGUAUCAGAUCGGUUUCGUAGGCAACAGUACGGCGGACGAAACUGUUAUCCAGAAACGAUACGAUCCAGUGAUGAACGAGAUUAUGCGACGGAUGGUACAGAACAGUUCACUAUACUCGCUAUCCCACGAACAUGCGUUGCACCGCGUACUUACCACGAAAUAUGCACUGAUUGGCAAUGUGGGAAGUGUGCGCAAGGCGAUGCAAACUCUAGACGAGCAGCAAAACUGUAACAUCACGGAAAUAGAGCUGACAGGAAUCGAGCAGAUGAUUGCACUGCAAAUGCCAUCGUUCUACGCGUACCGCAAAAUCAUCCACUAUGAAAUUUUACGAUAUUAUUCAAACGGCGUAAGGCAUCGCCUGGGCUUAGGAACUAUUCCGACCCGCAGAAUGUGCGUUCCAAACAAGCAGUUUUACCGGAUCACCUUGUGCAACAUUACUGUGCAUCUGUACUUGCUAAAAGUGGGUUUCACACUAGCUGCCAUUUUGGUGUGUAUUGAAUUGUUGUAUUAUCACGUAAAGAAGUUUAAACAAAACAAAGCACGAAAAUUCAAGGAGCAAAGUAUGAAAGUAUUUGUUGCGAAUACAACCUACUAACAAUUAGGGAACGUUCCAUUUUGUAUGUCUAACACAUAAAUGUUAGACGGCCAGUUUGUGGCUAGAUUUUUAUCACUGUUUUUACUACUUUUUAUCGUUUUCCCACGCUUAUUCGGUUUGCAGCACCGCAAAUAGAAAGGCAAGUAAAUGUGUGUUCAUUGGAUGAAAGGAGCGAAACAUCGUUUGAGCGAGUUUUAUUUGAUUUCGUAAUGAUGCGUAAUGAAAUUU